AUGAAGAAAAUCCAGAAUGAUUCCAGCGCUAUGGAGAGUUUUUGUGAGACGUUGCUAAAGGUCUUUGAGGACAACCUGCACAAUGACCGGGUGUCUGUACCUCUCCUGAUAAUGCUGGACCAAAUGCUGGCAAAUGGCUGUUUUGAUAUAUUUACCAUGCAAGAGAACCAUCCUUUUUCAGUGAAGUUAUUUACCCUUUGUAAAGAAGAGAUCAAAAGAUCCAAAGACGUCCGGAAGCUUCGCUCCAGCAUAGGAGUGUUUUGUGGCCUGAUUCAAUUUCAAGGAGACAUGAGAGAGAAAGUUUUAUUUCAAUUGUUUCUCCUUCUUUGCCAUCCAUUUCCUAUAAUCCGGAAGACGACUGCCAGCCAGGUGUACGAAAUGUUGAUCACCUACAGCGACGUGGUUGAUGCUGCCAUCAUGGAUGAGGUUAUGACCAUACUCAGUGAUACCAAUUGGGAAGCUGAACUGCCAGUAGUACGAGAGAAACGCAACAGUCUCUGCGAUCUCAUGAAAGUGCCCAAACCGCAGCUGGUGUCCAAGAGUUCAGCAUAA